AGGUCAUCCGCUGGCGUUUUCGUGUUUCGUGGUGGGGGCUGAGCGGGGGCGGCGGCGGAGUCUAUCGCCGGCAAUCACACGGGCGGCGGUGGAACGACGGAACGCGCGGGGUAUCGUAGACUCAGAUCGACGACGAGAUCGACUCCUCCGGCUCCACGACUCCUUGAAGUCGACGACAUCUGCACUUGCGACGGUGUAUCCCGUCAUAGGCGCCGCGAACGUAUUCUCGGGUGUGUGCGGAGCAUGUCCGUCCGAGUCUGGAAACGAUCCCAGCCGCCGAGUACCCUGGACACACCUCGUUCGUCCCGCCGUCAGUUUCGCGGUUAGCUGCACGAUUAGCGGACUAGCGUCCCGGAACAGCGAAAGGCUACGGUUGUGCGGCGCCCAUGUGAUCCGACGUUGUUUUCAAAUCGCGUAAAAAGCUAGGCAGCCGCCUCCUGGUGUGUGACGUUGGUCCGGCACCCGUCUCGCGUUUCGCUGACCCCGUUGCUGUCCACCGACCGAUUGCUCUCUACGUCUGUCUGUCUGUCUGUCGUCCGCCCGUUUCCGUUACACCGAGAGACCGAUGAAUGUUUGAUAAAACGCAGCGCAAGACGAACAACAUUCCGACAGACUCUGUAACAAGCUUCCUAUUUGUGCAAUUAUUAGAACUUAAGGAAAUAAUAGACGAAAUCGCCGCCUCGAAUAUUCACGACAUCAACGAUCACUGUGCAACUGCAGUUGUCACCACAGACAUAGGCCACAUUAUCAACGUUAAUGUUGUCGUAUCAUCAUCAUAAUACACGAUCCCGGCCACCGUAAUCACGCUUUUCAUUACCGCAGAUACAACAGUAAGCAUAUGCACGUGUUCUAACUUUUACGCGGUAAAGCACCCACACCACCGGUAUAAAACAGAAUAGUAUCACAAAAAUAAACACUUGUUGGCGUUGGCAGUAGCAUCGCAUAACGGUACCGAAGCUGCGUCAAUAGGGACCGGUGGUAAUUAGUGCUCGUACACCUACAAUAAUACAUAUAUGACGGACGCGGAUUAGCAAAAUAGUUUUCUGAUAUUGGUCAUAUCGACGCCGAUACUUAAGCCUGUAUCAACUAAGUCUCCGUAUUUCCAGAUGUUCUGACGAAAUAAAUCAUCAACAAAGCACAGUCUGCGGUAAGUACGAGCGAGCAUCAGUCCCUGUGUGCGGUGCCGUUAUUAUUAGUUAUUGUGUGACGCAUGAAGUGAAUAAGUAUAUGCUGCCUGAUUAUCGACUACACUGCUCUCUCAUCACGGUAUCCAUAUUUUCCUUGUUACUAUCACUUCUUCUGACACUGAUGACAACAAGUGACGUAAUACUCUCUCUGCAACCACUUUGUCUAAAAUAAUAUAUAUCGAUAUCAGGAUUUGUCAGUGACUGGAAUUGGAAAAAAAAUUGGAAAUUUCAAGUAUUGCUGUUACUAAAAUGACAGCAAUUAACCUCUAUCACCAAUACAGUAUAUUUGCUAAUAUUGAUUAAACACUUUCUUAUUACUGUGAUUAACUUACCACUUUCUCAAGAAACUGUUCAUCAGAUAUUACUUGUUUUAAUAAUUUUACGAAUAUUGAUCCAAUAUAAUAUCGCCACCGUACAUUUAAUCUAUGUAAUUGAACAUUGAUUCCAUAUGAAAGUCAAACAGCAAAAACCAAAAUACUGGGGUUAUGAAUUCCCUUGGAACUGAGGUUACUGGCCGUCGUAGCCUUUUUAAUGGAUUGAUGACAGCUGCCACAAGAUCUUGGCGACAUGGUCUUCAGCCCAACAGGCACAAUUCUAACGCCGUGGUGUUUCCAACUAUAUUUACAUCAAUUAAUAAUAAUCAAAAUUAUCGAACUUCUGCCACAAAUCACAUAACUGAAGAUCAGAGAAGACGAGAUCAGCAGCAACAACAAGAACACAGCCUCAACCUCCUUUGGUACGGCGGAGAAGAAAUGCAGCGUCCACAGCCGACAUCAUCUGUUCUUUUUGAAUUGCACAACCGUUAUCAGUCACCAGAUGACUGGGAAAAACAACCAUUACGACAACGGCGACACAAGUCUCAAUAUCAACAAAAUUAUAAAAAACGAUCAGCAUUACCAACAUCACCGAUUGUGUGGGCUUUUAUAUUGCAUAUUAUAUAUUCAGCUGCUAUGGCUGCAGUGUAUUAUAUAUAUGACAUAAAAUAUGGUAGUGGAUGGAUAUGGUUAAGAGGAAUCGAUAACAGCAAUAUAUUUAAAUGGUUAUGUCGUCUACAGCCGAUGUGGUAUUUUUCUGGGCAAGCUUUUUGCGCAGUCAUCAUUAGUUAUAUCUGGUAUCAGUGGCAAAAACGACAACGGUGGUGUUGCUACAUGUUAAUCGUACUAUUUAUUACUGCACUUUUACCAUCUGUACCACUAGCUGAAGUCUUCGGAGAUAAAGGUAUGAAUAAAAUGACUGAAGAUUCCUCGGAAAACUCUGCUGAAAGACGAAAGCAGUUGUUACUACAACUUAACUAUUAUAAUUCAGAAGAUAUUUAUGAAAAUCAAUUAGCACUUUACGAAGGCUUAUGGCAAAUGUCAUUUUUCAUAUUCGUUUCGUACUGUUUGGUUUUUCCUACGAGUAUAGAUGAACAGUCAAGAAAAGAGCUUAGUGAAAUUAUUAACGAGCAUAACGAUAACAAAAAAAAUAUAAAAGAUAAUUUCAAAGAGGACCCCUCUAUUUCAAUCGCCGUUUUGCUGUUUGCUAUCGUAACUUCUAUCGGACACACAAUCCUUAGUAUGUAUAUUGCUUACCAACAACAUCAGCGUCUAGUCAAUAAUUCAUCCAUGGCAGCCAUUCAACAGCUUACAGCUAAUGUAGUAGUUCUUGCAUGCGUCAAUCUAGCUGGAUGGCUAUUACGUCAAUCAAUAAUCGAAGACCGUACUGAAAUUAGAAGUCACGAAGGCAACAACAUAUUUAGUGGGAAACACGAAUAUUUUCGACUAGCAUUGCGUCGGCAGGCUAAUAAGCUGAAUCAACUUCUAACAUCCUUGUUACCCAGACGCAUAUUUUUGGAAAUGAAAUACAACAUAGUUGCUGAUGCUGCACAUUCCCUUAAUACAAUUAGCCAACAAGAUAAUGCGCAAUUACAGAGUCAUCAGCAAGAAAUACUACAAAGAACUAAUUUUAUGCCGAAAAUGUUUUUAAAGGAAUACGAAAAUGUUAGUGUUGUGUUUGCUAAUGUCACUGGAUUUUGGGACAACGCGCCACUAAUUGUGAGCAAUAAUAAUUCUGGUUCCCAAAUAUCCACCGAGCUCAUUACACUUAUUGAUCAACUGCUAGCAAAUUUAUUUCGUAAACUGGCAUAUCGCAAUCGUUGUCUCCCAAUACGGCUACUCGGCCACCGUAUGUAUUUCAUUGCCGGAUUACCGGAUGAAGAGAGCUUUAGAUAUGACGAUGAUGAACAGAAAAAUGCUAGUUGGUUGAUUAAUGACAAUGGACAUGCCAGAAAUGCCAUCCAAAUGGGAUUAGAUCUAAUCGAAGCUGUUAAUACUGUGGUUCGUGAUGUAAGUCGGUGCCACAACAUACCCAAAAUCAAUCUUAAUGUUCGAGUGGGCGUUCAUUCGGGCCGGGUAGCAUGUGGAGUGCUUGGUUUCACCGGAAAUGCUAGCAUUCGAUCCGAUUCUGGUAGCCGUUGGCAGUAUAGUGCAUGGGGCCGAGAUGUACAAGUAGCGUCGUAUGUUGAAAAUAGUGGUAGUCCCGGAUUGGUGCAUGUAAGUCAUGCCACGGUCAAUCAGGUUACUAAGAAAGGAGUUGUUAAUACUGCAGUGAAUAGAGUAGAUCCUCUGCCAUCGGGAGUCAAUCUUCGUAACAACACAAUCAACUAUCAGGGCGAUACUAACGACUACACGUUUGAACGUAGUUAUGAAGAACAAAGGAAUCAUUUUCUAUGCGACAAUCGAAUCGAAACAUAUUACGUCAAACCUAAAACUGCAUAUUCUCAUCCAGAAAAGAAAGAAAAUUUAAUGGACGAUAAUAGUAUAUAUGAUGUCAGUAGAGAGGUAAUUGUUCCACUAAUUCUCCAAUCAAUAGAGCAACUACUGCUCAGAGAGGAAAUGCGUCAAAAAUAUCCCGAGAUGGAGUCAGAACAACAACCUACCAAUUCGUCAACAUCGGCUACAGAAAUUCCAGUGAUGUUAGCUGCUUUGGUUCCUAUAGCCUCGUUAAUAAAAAGAAAUCGCCAUAGGCGGAGUAAAUACUUUGAACAAGAUUCACAAGCUGUUUCUACAAAUUUGAAUACAACAUCUGCAAUCAAUUCAUCAAUGGAUCGUUACGGCCGAUGGGAAAAUGACGUAUUUGUAGUUAGUAACAAAGAUGAUUACGAUAAAGUUAAAAAUAAAUUCAACGACGAUGAUCUUUUUCGAUUGGCCAAAUCAGAGUUACUGCUUCUAUGUGUAAUUAUUACCUUAUUUGUGGUUAACGUAACAACUAUGCCAUGGACUAUGCUACUUUGUAUCACAUUUAUUACACCGUUUGUUAUAACUGCUGGAGAACUGAUUUAUGUGAUGGCCUUGUUGAUCGGUUGGAUUCCUCGUCCCAAGUUUUACAGCACUACUUAUGCCACCGCCAUUAUUGCUGAUGAUGAUGAAUAUUAUCAUCACUAUGAUAGUGAUAACAAUGAUAGUGAUGCUAGUAGCAGUAGUAACAGUGAUGAUAAAUGCUUUAAGCGGUUUUUCGUUUGCCAUGCUAGCAGAUAUUCAUUGUUUGCAUGGCUAUUAAAACCAUUUCAAUGCAGGACAGAUACUGUGAUGACCACUCGUAACCAUUUAGAUAAUAGUGAUGGUUGGCGCAAGUGUUCUUUCAAAUGGUGUCGUUGUUAUGGAAUCCGUAGCUGGUUCACUUGUUGUUCAAAUAAUGAAGGCGCAUCGUCAUGCAUAUCAUCUGACGACAGCGAUGUUGAAAGUAGACCCGGCUAUCGAAAUGAAAAUGCCAUAAUGGCAGCAACAGCAAGGGCAUCAUCAUUACAGCAGCAAAAUCGGUUUCAACAUUCACAACCUAUUAAUAUUAAUAACAGCUACAAUAACAAUCUAUUACGUCGGCGACAUAGACAACUGAAAAGAAUAUAUCAAGAUGAAGAAAGGCGUACCUACUUUUAUUGGAUAUGUGCCUGCUGCGAGCUGAUCGUUAUAUUACUCAUUUGUCUUUUGGCUUUAUUAAACGCUUUUACUUGUGAACCAGUUGAAACAAAACUUGUAUACAAUCAACUUCAUACUCAAAACAUUAUCAUGAAUGGAAGUGGUGGAUUUAAUACCCCCAAAGUUAACUUAACACAACAAUAUCGAAGCCCGCUGACGUGUAUGUGGCCUCAAUACGCUGUACUUACAUGCUGUUUAGUGUUCACAUCAAUAGCUAUUGCGUUUCCCAUCUAUUAUGGUUCGCUGCCAACACUGCGGAUGAAAAUUAUAAUAUUGUUUGUUAUGACUUGCGUAUUUUCUGUGGCUUUUGUUCACUUUACGCAUAAACAUGUAUUUAUGGCCGCCUCGAUGUCAUCACCGACACAAUCGUUGUUUAGUCGUUCUAUCGUGUCACAAGAUCAUCGAACAAAUAACACUGUCACCAAAAAUAAUAAUGACCAUCAUGAAAUAAUUAAUGCCCUCGGCUAUAGUGAUAGCUACCAGGAAAACCAACAGUUAUUAAAACUACGAGAUAGAGAACAGCAAAAAGUGACUGGUUUAAACACUGCCAUGGCUACGGUAUACGCAAUUACAUUCGCCAUGGCCACACUUGCCUGUUUCGUGUACAAGCAUCGUUUACAAGAUCGACGAGCACACCACAGGGUUAAGGUGGAUCGUAACGUGAGACGAUUGUGUGUGUUACGCGAAGCACACCGCCGUACUUUGCAUGCCGUUAUACCUGAUCAUGUAACAAAUUUAUUGCGAAAAAGAUGCAUUAAUGAUCCUAAUGAUGCUGAUGACGAAUUUGAAGGAACUCGGCGUCAACAGAACUACGUUUUCGGAGAAAAUAGAUCAAUACCGAUUAGAACCACUCCUCAAAUUCAAGAACAUAUUCCUGCAAACUUGUCACAACCGCUUUAUCAUUGUAGUUAUCGAGCAAUUGUUGUCAUAUUCGCUACAAUUUUACAACAAGAACAAUCAAUGCCAAACAAUAUUAAUGUAAACAGUGAUACUAGCGGUCAUCUCUGCCAUGCACAGCUAGCACUACUUUACAACAUAUUCAGCGAGUUUGAUAGACUUAUUGAUAAUCAGAAGUAUCGAGGAUUAGUAGAAAAAAUAAAAAUGUUGGGAACUAACACAUAUAUGGCAGCUGUUGGCUUACAACAUCAUGAUGGAACAAAGCGUCGACAAGUCAUGCUGCUGAAUGAUACAAAACAGAAACGUGAUGAAUCUUGCAACUUUGAUCACCAAGAAAGAAAAAAUGACGUUGAAAAUGCUAGUGUUAGUUCAGAAGAUAAAAUCGAAUUAUAUAAUGUCAUAUCAGCAAAUAAUGUAACAUUUGCUUUGGAUUUUAUUCAAGAAAUGCACCACAUACUGCAUCGUAGACAAACGACAACGCCAACUAUUAAUGGAAACUCACAAUUUGUUCUUCGAGUUGGAGUUGAUAUUGGACCCGCUGUAGCUGGUUUAAUCGGCUGCAAUGAUGGAAUUUGGAAACGUCCGCAGUUCGACAUAUGGGGUAAUACAGUAAACGUAGCUAGACAGAUGGACAUCACUGGUAUACCAGGUAAAACACAAGUUACUAAUUGCGUUUACGACGUAAUGAGUAAUAUAGAAUGCUCGAAGUACAAGUUUGAUAUACAUACCAAUAUUAUAAACAAAUACAAAAUAAGAAAAACGUAUUUGGUUCGUGAAAGUUUUGAACAAGAUGAUGGUCAUAACUUAGGUCAACAAAAACUCUCUAACUACCAUGAUGCACAGCUUCGUCAAAACUCUCUCUAUCAAUAUGAAUCAGAACAAUCACAUCAACUAAACAAAAAACCUGCUCCCAUUAAACAGUCUCAGCACAUCCAUCGCUCUACACCUCGGCACUUACCGCGUCAUCAACCACCAUUUAAUAAAGUAUCAAUUGGCAACAUCCACUCGAAACAUUCCCACUACAAUUCUAUGGUACAACCGGAGUUACGGCAAAAAUGUUUGGAACUGCAAAAAACACCACCGCCACCACCACCACGAAGUCCACCACCAGUUACAACACGGCGAACCCAAUGUCCAAUGCAACAUAAAUACAGUGAAGAAUGCGAUCGAUAUCCAGAUAUACAACAAAGAUCACGAGGUGCUCCAAAACAAGAGCAAUAUCAACAAAAUCGAUGCACGUCCAACUCGACCUCAUCAACUGCAGCCACAUACGCCCGCCCACUACAAAAACAACAACAGCAAAACAGUCAACAGUCUAUUUCAGUGUCAGUGCCACCCCAUGGUCUCGUUCGAAUUUUCGGCGAUGAUUCAGGACAACUAUCGCCAUCACACACCCCAAUUACUACCGAAUCCAAACCAACAUGUACCUCUUCUAACCAUACUACUGGUGGAACCACAUUAAACACCACUUUACAUAAUCAUUUACAAUCCCAACAAAUACGUCGUCCAAACGUAUUGCUUUUAAAGAAUACAACAUCUGUAUCAACUAAUAAAUUUGAUGCUAAUCGGCCUUUGCCGGAUCCACCACGCUCCUCUGACACCGUAGCUGGUCGGCAUCGAAACCGUGAUGAUCCGCGGCGGCGGCGGCGCCGUCAACACAAUCAGCCGCCGACAAUAACCAAACAACGGCAGGAUAUUAAUAAUGACCAGUGUUCAGGUGUGGUCUCGCCAGCCUGGCCAUCAUCAUCUUCGUUCCGUUCACCGAUUAGUGUGGGGAGUUUUAUUAGUGAGUCAUCUCCGCCAUCAUCAUUGUCAUCAUCUGGUUCCACAGAUGCCGGUGGUACUACAACAUCAAAUAACAAUUACAACACCACCACUUCAUCAUCAGACGACAGUUUUGGUUGUACGACUACAGAAGAUGGUGGUGGUAUUGAUAGAAUAGAUACUGAAGAUUUAGACACUGCUGUUUCGUCCGUGGCCAUAUCAUCCGUUCACCAUCGUUACCGACAACAGCAGCAUUUAUUGCUUCAUCAGUGGUCUCCAACGACGACGGCUAAUUCAUCUCCUGUUAGAAGAUCAUCGUCUUUCCGCUCACCGCUGUCAGCUGGCGACAACACUGCAGCGUCUUCAUCAUCAUUGCGAUCUCCACCUAUCAUUGGUAACCCUGCCACUGCGUGCAUUGGAGGAACGCAAUCGUUGAACCGCCGCCAUGUACGCCCUGCUAAUACUACUCCAGGCGCUGGUAGCAGCUCCAGUCGCCGUCGUCGACGCCGGCAGCAGCAACAAAAUCUAGUAAUUGCUGGAAAUUCUACACCUCCGUCUGGUGAUAAACUAGAUGUUAUAGGCGUUAUGAACACUACCUCAAAUGUAUCAACUGAAAAGUAUGAGUCACCGUCAUCAUCACCAUGGAAAAAACAACAACAGCGACGACAAAUUUUAAACAAAGACCAAGGGACAGGUGGUGGAGUGGUAGGCCCAGAUUUUACCGAUGAGAUACGACGUAUAUUAUUAUUGGACCAUCAUCGUGGAAACGUUCGUCAACAGCAGCGAAGUCCAUUCAAAGAAGAAAAAGUACAAGUCAAUAAACACUCCGACGACUACAAUAAAUGCAAAGACAAAGUCAAUGAUAACGUUGCUAAACACUUGUCUUCGUCGGAGCAACUGCGUCUUUGUGCAGCAACAGUUGUGACUACGGAUCGGAAACCCGGUAAAGAUGAUAAAAACAGUCAACAAAUCGAGGAGGAUAUUGUGAAGUUAACAGCAAUAGAAGUUCCGACUACUAUAGCUUCGACGACAGUUAUUGCAACAAGUGUUUCGUCAGCAUCAUUGUUUGAGGAACGCGAAAGACAAAUAACGGAACAAGUCAAGCGGCAGCAAGCCGAAGUGAGACGGAUAUUACAGGAGCAUAAGAACAAUGUGGUUGCUGUUGUUAGAGGACCGACAACAGUUACGACUGAUGCUAUUUCACACAGCCGUAAACAACGAAGUAUGGCUUUGACGGUAGAGUCAUCAUGGAGCGACGAUGAAUCUUUAGAACCUUCAUUAUUAGAUAACAAACACCGGCCACAAAGCAUUGGUUUCGCAGUAGAUAUAAGUGACCACGAAGUCAACAGCAAUAUCGUGACUGCUGAAGCAGAAUACACUACCGGCGGGGAUGGUGACGAUUACACGACUGACGGUGAUGGAUACACUACCACUGGGUACACAACAGACGAAGCUGCUGCUCCUGUUGGUCGUCAAACAGAUAUGUCAUAUGCUACUACCGGUGGUUUACCUGGUGCAUCUACAGCACGACAACUCGAUGACAACUUAUCAACUAUGAAUGACACUGGGUUAACUGAUGCUGAAGCUGCAUUAAGUGAUGUCAAUUCGAUGAUUGACUACAACGAUUGCAAUGAUAACAGUCGUUACAGAGGUCGUCGCCAGAGUAGCUUGAGUAGUAACAGUUUGUGCCCAUAUGCUAGUGAUAGUUUUUGUGAAGAUGAUGAUGAUUACAACGAUGAUGGUCAAUACUUUUUCUGGGAUGGGAAUCAUGUGCAGAAUGAAAAUGUUGAACUAGGUGAUGAUGGAGAUGACAAUGACAGUCGUUAUAACCACAAUCAUAUUUUGCUACAACAACAGUUGUCUCUUACACAUCCAACAUCAUUAUUAUCACAGGCUGAUGACUUAACUGGUAUUGAUAAGAAAAGAUUUUACUGCCAGCAACAGUUACAACAAUCGACUACAUUGCAGGCCAAUGACUCCAAUACUACUAUGAAUAUCACACCGAAACAAGAGUCUGAUGCUUCUACAGCUGCCACUACUACAAUAUCAACAUCUACUCAAAACCCUACUUCUAUAUCUAGUAAUACAAAUAUUAAUGCAUCUCCUAAUUAUUGUACUACAGCCACUAAUACUUCUAGUACAAACACUGAACUACAUGAGCCUCCAUCAUCAGAUAAGUCAUAAAAUGAAUAAUUAUACAUUUUUGAGUACUAUUGAAGGAUAUCACUAUUGGUAUAUUUCAAUAUAAUUAAAACCUUUGGGAUAUUUCAACAUACAUAAAUUAAUUAAAACAUGAAUACCAAUGAUGAUAGUAUGUUAAUAUGCUCAAAAUUACUCAUAUGAUCAAAAUAUUUUUGUCAUAAUCAUUUUCAAUUAUCAAAAUACAAAGUACACAUGUUGUAUGCUAUCUACACGAAAAAAAAUAUAUUCUCAACUUACCUAAACAUUUUUAUUGGAGUUUGUAAUUUUAUAGUUGUAAAUUAUAAUCUUCUUAUACAAAUGUACCUUUUAUUUAUCUUAAAAAACUUUCAAACACAUUGGUUGGAUGGACAGAAUACCACCAUUUUUCCUGUAAUUACCUUUCGAGUAGGUUUGUUGCUUCACGUUAUCUUAUAUAACAUUUUAAUGUUACAUGAUUCCAUAAAUAUUCAAUUAUUUGUGUUUGAGCACUUGUAUGUGGGUUUAUAAAGUUCUUGUUAUGGUUAAUAGUUUGGUGAAAUAGUAUGAAUGUAGAUAACUUUAUUAAUGUAGAUAGCAUACAACAUGUGUACCAAAUUCAGAAACCUUUGCAAUAUUUAACAUUCAUUAAUCAAUUUAAAUAUUUAUACUUUUUAUCAAUGGUAAUAAUUAGAGCUCGAAUUAUAAUGCACAUUGCUAACAUGCUUGUUUUGGUAAAAAUAUAAUUUAUUUGCUGUUGAAUAGAUUUUUAUUUAUUUAUUUAUUUAUUUGUGAACCUAGAGUAAAUAUACUGAGUUCAUAAUUUCAAAUCAUUGAAUGUUUUUUUUGAAUUUUUUGAAUUUUUGGUUUACA